GGGUCUUUCUUCUCGCUUCCUGGACUGUGUGCCUCACCGCCCUGGUCUCCACUCCUGGCCUCUCUCGGGCAAGCCUUCGCACACAGUAGGCUCUCAGAAAAAGCGUGUGAGCAAACGGGAUGUGCAGGGCGAAAAGAGGCGGCCCGGGCCAGGCUGCAAGCAGCGCACAUCCCAGGUUAUCUGCCGCUCGCCCGGUUCUCUGUUCUCUGGGUCGCGCCGAAGAGAUCAGGGUGCCACUGAGCAGCGGGCACAGUCCCACGCUCUUCAAGGAGCGGGGGUCCCUCCUCCUGAGGGGCGCGGGCUAGGGGAUGAGGAAUCCAAGCGACUCACUUCCAAAAGCGAGCAGAAAUCUCCCUCCUCCCGGCCUCCAGAGGUUCGUCGUCAGGAAAUCCUAACCCCUUCCCCCUCUUCUCUGGCCCUCCUUCCGGCCCCUGGGAACCCGGGCGCCGUUUUCCAGAGGCCUCCUGGCCGGAGGCAGUCGCCGAGCGGGGCGGUGCGCGUGGGUGGGGGCUGGGCCGGGGGAGGGGAGUGCAAGAACUUUUGAGAGUCAGCCUCGGGGGCCCGCGGUGACAUUCCUGGAGGCGCCGCGAGAGCAGGCCCGCCUCUGGCGCCCCGACCGGGAAAGAGCCGCCGAGAGACGCCGCGGGAAGCCGUAGUGUCGCCGCCCCGAGAGAGACCCCCCUGGCAGUCCGCUGCGGCCGCGCGGGAAACAGACGGCGGAAGACGUGUCCGCGGGCAUGGCCCUCUUUUUGCAGGAGCUAUUGCUGCCGCAGCCACUCAGCUUCCCGGGCCUGGCCCUCGCCGCGGCCCUGCUGCUCGCGGUCCUGUGCUUGCGCUCCCGGCGCACCAGGAGACCUGGUGAGCCUCCAUUAAUAAAAGGCUGGCUUCCUUAUCUUGGAGAGGCCCUGAAAUUACAAAAGGAUCCUUUAGGUUUCAUGAAAACUCUUCAAAAGCAACAUGGUGACACUUUCACUGUUCUCCUUGGAGGAAAGUAUAUCACAUUUAUCCUGGAUCCUUUUCAGUACCAGUUAGUAAUGAAAAGUCACAAAUUAAGCUUUCGAGUUUUCACUAAUAAACUAUUAAAGAAAGCAUUUUCCAUUGAAAAGUUGGCAAACAAUGAUGACAUGAAUGACGAUCUUCAUGGCUGCUAUCAUCUUUUACGAGGGACAGCUUUAGAUAUACUCACAGAAAACAUGAUGCAGAAUUUAAAACAAGUUUUCGAACUCCAACUAUUAAAAACCAAAACUUGGAAUACAGCAUACCUGUUGACAUUCUGCAGCUCGGUAAUAUUUGAGGUCACGUUCACAACCAUAUAUGGACAAUCUCUUGCUGGCAAUAGGAGAAAAUUUAUUACUGAGCUAAGAGAUGAUUUCUUAAAAUUUGAUGACAAAUUCCCGUAUUUAAUAUCAGACAUACCGAUAGAGCUUCUAGGAAAUGUCAAAUCUAUUAGAAAGAAACUUAUAAAACUCUUGACAUCAGAACACUUAGUUAAGACACAAGGAUGGUCAGAAGUUGUUCAAAUGAGGCAAGAUAUCCUGGAGAAAUACUAUACGCUUGAGGACUUUGAAAUAGGAGCACAUCAUUUAGGCUUUCUCUGGGCUUCUGUGACAAACACUAUUCCAACUAUGUUCUGGGCGAUGUAUUACCUCCUCCAGCACCCAGAAGCUAUGGCAGUGCUGCGUGACGAAAUUGACCAUUUGCUGCAGUCAACAGGUCAAAAGAAAGGGUCUGGAUUUCCCAUCCACCUCACCAGAGAACAAUUGGACAGCCUGGUCUACCUAGAAAGCACCGUUCUCGAGGUUUUACGACUAUGCUCAUUUUCAAGCAUCAUUCGUUUUGUUCAAGAGGACUUGACUCUACAUUCAGAGACGCAGGACUACUGUUUGCGGAAGGGGGACUUGGUAGCCAUCUUUCCUCCAGCCAUACAUUAUGACCCGGAGGUCUUUGAGGCUCCAGAGGAGUUUAGAUUCGAUCGUUUUGUAGAAGACGGUAAAAAGAAAACUGCCUUUUUCAAAAGCGGGAAGAAGCUGAAGUAUUACCUGCUGCCAUUUGGAUUUGGAGCCAGCAAGUGUCCAGGCCGAUUUUUGGCAAUUGUUGAAGUAAAGCAGUUGUUGGUUAUACUUUUAACUUACUUUGAUUUAGAAAUAAUUGAUGAUAAACCUAUGGAAGCAAACUACAGUCGACUUUUAUUUGGCAUUCAGCAUCCGGCUUCUGAUGUUUUAUUCAGGUACAAAGUAAAAUCUUAGAGAAGCAAAAAAAGAAAGAAAAGAAAUGUAUCCAAACUAAUCUAAAUGUCCAUGGCUCAUCUAUUUGUUUUGAAUUUCUGCAAAUAUAAUUGCUUUGUUUGUUUGUUUGUUUGUUUUAAAAAGUGCAAAUUUAUAUUUGAUCGGUGAUCAGUCCCAUUCAUACCUGGUCACAAAACCCAUCAUAAACUAAAAUAGGAUGUUGACAUGAAAAUAGACAUCAAAAUCAGCAUAAUGAUAAAAUGGCUUUUUAAUGUUUUUCUACAUAUUGUGAUGUUCUCUUGUCAUGGUAAAUGUACCACAAUAAAUUUGGCUCCGUGGCAUUUUUUUUUUUUAAGUCACUCAGAUUCUUCUCUAAUACAUAAAAUCACACUUUAUGUACUAGUGGAAAUUUGUGCUGAAAAUGGACACAGUCUAACAAAUUCCAAAUUCUCAGAGAAGAAGGAAAUUAAAUUUUCAUGAGAUAAACUGGAUGAAAAUGUUCCCUUCAAGUGUAAUAUCAAUAAUGUCUAUACCGCCUGGGUACGUUUGCCUUAAAUGAGUUUUGCAGUAGAUUAAAUGCUCCAACUUCACUUCAAUAUUUAAUCAUCCAUAAGUGUUCUUUAUUAUUUUGUAUACUAAGGCUCAAUGCAACAAAAUUUCUUGUUGUGUAAGACCAUUCAUGUUGAGUUAGAUACUGAGAAGAUUUAAUGUAUAAGAACACACAAAACCUAUUACAUAUUCAACAUUUGCCUGAGACCUUGGUAUUUGGUUUGUUGUUAAGAGAAAAUGUUAAAAUCAUGACAGGAUUGAUGGUAGCACUUGGUUUUAGUGUAAACUCUGAGGAUUAUGCCAGUAUUGCAGUGAACUCUUUCCUAAAUGCUUCCAUUUAUAUAAACUGAGAAAUCACAGUAUUUGUUCUUGACACAUCACCUUUCGGACUUGGAGUUGAUCUGUAUUCUUUGGAGUUACAUCAUUAUGGAAUGCAGUAUAAUUUUAAAUCCCACAGUGCAGCAUUGUGUCCAUAACUCAGAGCUUUCUAAUUUCAAUUGACCAGGUGAUUAUUUGGCAUCUGACCUAAAUGAUGCCGCUGUACUUAAACAGGAAAAGCAGGUAAUAAAAUUCAGUUAAUUUGCAUCGCGUGGAUUGGAACUUCUACUAUUUCAGUGUUGCGCUACUGUUUUUUUAAGAGGAGAUUGAUUUUUAAGGUAACAUUAUAAAAUUCUUACAAUACUUACUAAUCAAUAGACGCUCUAGGAUUUAUAGUCUCCUUCUUGAAGUACAUGCUCUAAAUAGUUCUUAGUGGGGCUCUGCUAGCUAAGCUCUGCUCUAGUUGAUCGGAGAUGUCUUUAUUUUUGCCUCGUUCUUGACAGUUGAUUUUGCUGUGUGCACAAAUCUAUUUCCUCCCAGCCCUCUGAAGAUACUGCAUGUUCUUAUGGCUUCCAUCAUUGCUGUCAAGAGGUUAGCCGUUACUUUAAUUAUUCAGAAGGCAGUCUGCCUCUUCUCUCUGAUAGGGUUAACAUGUUCUUUUUGUCUUUGAUGUUCUUAGUCUCAGUUUCUCACUCUUGCAUGUCACAGUGCCUCUUGAGUCUGAGAAUGUGUGUCUUUCAUCGGGUAGGAAGUAUUCUUAGCCAUAAUCUUGGAGUAAUACCUCUCCCAGACUCUAUUAGAUCCUCUCUCUCUACACUCCAUGUUGUUUGACCUUUCCUCCCCAUUUUUUCUACCUCUAUUUUAUAUUCUAGGUCAUCUGUUUAGAUCUCACUGUCAGUUUUAUCUCUACACCGUGUACCUGAUCUGCUCUUUAUCUCAUCCAUGGAGUUUGUUUCUUUUUAUUUAACUUCAUAGCAUUGAGUAAUCAUGCUCCUUAUACUUCUUAGUUUAUGGUACACAGUUAUGAUUUGUCCCUUCUGCCUUUAUCUACUCAUUCUAUCUUAUCCCUAACCGUCACAGCUAUACUCCUCCCUGUCAUAGGCAAACAUUCAAUGUGUUUGAUAUUUUUCUUUUCAUAAGUAUAUAGUUUUAUAGAACAUAGUACCUGUGUGCAUGUUAAUUUACAUAAAUGAAUUUUCUAUAUAAGAGAUCCUUCUUAAUUUUCUUAUUAAGCUCUAUGUUUUUAAAGAUAUAUUUGUAUUACUUUAUAUAUAUGUAUACACACACACACAUGUACAUAUAUAUUUAAUCUGUUGCUUCUAACUGCUAUGCCAUAACAUGCACCCACCAUGUUUUAAAUCUCUUCAUCCUGUGAUAGAAACUGUAUCCAUCAGAUACUUAAUUGGGGGUAGAGGCCAAAGCAGGAACAAAAAAUCUUCCCACGGCUGUGUCUACCAUCUUCUACUCUGGGCUACUACCCCUGUAGUGCGUGUGCACACGUGCAUGCACACACACACACACACACACAGAGUCCGUGACUGCCUGCAUUCUCUCUGAGAUGUUCUAGAUUUGUUAUGUUCUCUCCUCAGGUCCUUACGACCCUCUCCCUUCUGUGGGUUGAUUUUGAGCCAGGGUGCCAGCUGCCAACUUGUCAGCUUUCAGUUUUUCUGAUCCCACUGAAUGUGCUAAGUUCAAUGAUUACAUUUUCAAUUUGAGAACACUCUUUUGUUCUUCUUAUCUGGUCUUUUUUUUUUUUUUUUAAGAUUUUAUUUAUUAAGAGAGAAAGAGAGAGCACAAGCAAUGGGGAGAGAGAGAAUCAGGCUCCCAGCCGAGCCCAAAGCCCGACAUGGGGCUGGCCCCCAGGAUCCUGGGACCAUGACCUGAGUUGAAGGCAGACACUUAACCAUCUGAGCCACCUGUGUGCCCACUGCCUGGUCAUUUUUUUAAAAAUAUUUUAUUCAUUUAUUUUUUUGUCAGAGACAGAGAGAACACAAGCAGGCAGAGUGGCAGGCAGAGGCAGAGAGAGAAGCAGGCUUCCUGCUGAGCAAGGAGCCCCAUGCAGGACUCCAUUCUAGGACCCUGGGAUCAUGACCUGAGCCAAAGACAGCAGUUUAACCGACUGAGCCACCCAGGCAUUCUGCCUGGUCAUUUUUGAAGUCUUUUUUUUGUUUGUUUUUUUGUUUUUUUUAAGAUUUUAUUUAUUUAUUUGACAGAGAGAUCACAAGUAAGCAGAGAGGCAGGCGGGAGGGGGGGGAGCAACCUCCCUGUUGAGCAGAGAGCCUGAUCCCGGGUUCGAUCCCAGGACCCUGAGUUCAUGACCUGAGCCGAAGGCAGAGGCUUUAACCCACUGAGCCACCCAGGCACCUGGUGUCUUUUUCCUUCAUCAUAUGCUCCAUAUCCUCUUCCAUUUCUUCAAGUAUAUUAGGAAACCGAUUUUAUGUUAUGUAUCUGAUAUUUCUAAAUCAUUAGUGUUUUGUGAGUCUGAUUCUAUAGUUUGUCUGUUGAACUCUUACUCAGUGUUGAUUGUUUAUUGAGCCCAUAUUCCUUGGAAUUUUAUCUCUGAAAAAUUUUUAAGACCUGAAUUUAAAACUCAAUCCUUCAGGGAGAAGUUGAGUUUCUUUUAUCAGACUGCUGAUGUUAUGAUCAAAUGCACAUUACUUUAAGUUUGCAGCUUGAGAGGGGAUGAUGGGUGGGAGAUACAUAGGUAAUGUGGGUUCUAGCCUUAAAUCAGCUACAAAGCAGCCCUGUGGUUAGCAAUAGACAGGAGAGAUUUUCUGUUUUGUUUUGUUUUGUUUUCCUUCAGCAUUACAGGGAGAGGCAGAUCUACUCUCAGUUUUGUUCUGUGGAGCAAGGUUUCUUCCUAGUUCACCUACAAGGAUGUUCCCUUUGUGAGUUCUGGGCUUUAUGACUCAGUCUUGGAUUUCACACACACACACAUACCCAACCUGGGCCCUAGGCUUUCUUUUCUGCCUGCCACCAAGCAUAGCCAUUCUUUGCAUCCUAGAAGGACAUCUAGUCCACCAUGUGACCUGAAGUAGAAACCUCCAUGUUCUUACAUUUGUUUCAAUAGUACACUUUUGCAAUGUUACAGUAGAGAGAACACAGGAAAUUAUUCAAUUCUAAUUUCUGCUUCACUUAUAAUAGAAGUGUGUACAAGAAUUUAGAAUAGAAAGUAAGAAUAAACAAAAUGGGUGAGAAACUGUUAUAUAAAAGGAAUAGACAGUAGAACCAAAACAAGAGAGUCUUGUAACAGGCAUACAUCUAGUCGUUAAAGCGUGUUUGUGAAUAGAAAAAUAUGUCAUGGAGAAAUAAGUUAAAAGACAUGGAUUCCAGCAAUGGUGUGACUAGUUUGUCAUCGGCCAGUCAUUUUGCCUCUCAUUGCUUCAGUUCCUUAUUUGCAAAUAAAAAGAAUAAGGCCUUUUUGACAUGAAGGUUCAUGAUAAGGAUUAAACAUAAUAAGGUAUGUGGAUUUAUUUUGAAGAGUGUAAUGCAAUACGCAAACAUAAAGUUGUAACAAAUACUUUAACAAGGUUGUGUCUUUUAAAAUCUGUUCCUAUGUAUUUGUUAAAGGGAAUUUUUUAGUCAUUACAUAGUUCAUUGUUCAUUAAUUCAAUCAAACAUUUAUUGAGCAUUGCCUCUGUUCUAGGUACAUUGCUAUGCACUGGAUUACCCUUCUUCAAAAACACACAAUUUAUUAGGAAAAACAACAACACAUACACAACUAAUCUAUUUUAAGUGUCCCUGUAAGUAAUAAAUUCAUCUCUUUAAAACAGUUUUAAAAUUCUGAUUUACCAUUAGAUCUAGACUUCCAUCAGUCAUUCCCAAGCAGUGUUCUGUAAUGAGAAAUUACUAUGUGCAUAAUUACACACAAUAAAACAUAUACAUCGGGUAUUGUGAUUAUGAGACAAAAAUAGCCAAACCAAACCUUAUUGAGGCUCUAAAAUGUCUUAAAAACUGUAUUUUACAUAUCAUAAAAACCCAUCUUUUCAAUUUUACAACCUCCCCUAAGUUUCAAGUUAAAGGAAAUGAAUGAUACUGUUGUUUUAUGUCAAUGACCAACGGUAAUGAAGCAUUCAGUAGCAAAAACUAAAUGCUCUGAACAUAUUAAAAAAAAAAAAGCAAUUUACCACUAAAUAAGGCAUGCUGCUAAGCAACCUGCAUGGGAACAUUUAUCUGCCUUCUUUUGGUUUUCCUGGAACACUUAAUUAUAUCUUCUUCAUUUUAUCAGUAAGUGUGGGGUCACAAGUCUAAGGUAAAGGGGUCACAACUCAAAAUCUACAUGAUGACUUCUGUUUAUUUUCUCAUAAAAAAAUAAUUUGGGUAACUUUUCCUGUAAAUGUCUUCUAAUUUAACAGUGGAAUCUUAAAACCAAUUUCAAAGAUCAAAGCACAAAAAUUAUUUAGGUAUUGAUCUUAGCAUAAAAUAACAUCAAUAAUUAUAAAAGAUGAAUUAAAAACCCUUAGAAUGUGCACUGUUUUUAACCUAUUAAAUUCACAAUGUUACAAACUAUUAUUUACUUGAACUGCAUUAUUAGGUAUUCAUAUUCACAUACUCAAUUAAGAAAAAGUUAGCAAGCCAAGAUUACAUUCCCUGUAGCAUUAUUUUAAAUUAUAAUGAGCAAUCACAUAAAACUCUCUACUAUUUCUCUAAAGCAAUUAUUACUUUGUCUUCAUAGUGUUGAUCUAAAUCAGUGAUCAAAGUGUUUGGACUUUUUAUCUUAAAUCUUUAUCUUGUUUAUAAUACUUUCCUUGAGUAAGAUAAAUUUAAUUUGUGAAAACUCUAUUGCACAAUUUUAAGUAGGAGAUAAUUUGGCAAUACUUAUGUUUAAAAAUAUUUUUUAGCCAGAGGAGUGCCAUAUAAUAUAAAAAACUGUUGUUCUGAAUUGUUUGUUUAAUAUUACCUUUUGAUUUUAAAAUGGGAUAUAUGUGGAUUUAUGAGGAAGCAAAUCUUAAAAAGACAUUAGGUAAGAAAUGCAAAUGCUUUGUAAAUCUAUUUAAUUAUAUCUUAUUUACAACAAUAAUUCAAUAAAUCAACUUUUAAAGUGCA